AUGACCGAAGGUCAUAUAACUCAUAUGACCAGAUUAGGAGCAACUCAACUAAAACCAGAAUGUUGCACAGUUAACAGAGCACAUUUGUGUCGUAAUCAUCUAUCAAAAUGCGAAGCAUUUCGUGAAGCUAAUAGUGAAGAAGAA